GUAGAACUCUUUAAAUUAAUUAAAAUAAAAAACGGGAUUAAUUAAAUUCUAUUAAUUAAAUUCUAUUAAUUAAAAUGAAAAAGCAGUUCAAAAAAACUAGAGUUAAUAUAAUGAUUUAUUUGAUCUUCUCUCACCACCAAACAUACACUUACAUAUAUAAUUGCUGUAUUUUCUCUAUUAUAAUUGCAAUAUAUAAGUAUUUAUGUAUAUAUACAUAUCCAUACAGUGAGUAUGUAAAUGCAGGUUGUAUUCUUGACGUCAUGUUCCUAAUCUAAAGGAGAUACUUUCUUUGCAGCUGUCAACGGUAUGAUUCCUCGUACAAAUAUUAUUUCCAUGUAUCCUAAUAGAAAAAUAAUGUGAUUUUUGUAAUUUCUUUGUUGGAAUACUUGUUAAUAAUAUUUUAAUGAAAAUUUAAAACGAAGAAAUUAUUUAAUCGAUUAUUGACAUUUAUUAUGCUAUUUCUUAACCUAUAAAACAUGUUGGAAAACAUUGCAUAGUCACUAUAGUGUACCUGAUUUUUAAUGUUAAUAAAAUUAAAGUAAAACUUUGUUACAACUUAUAUCACAAUAUUUAAAAAUGGCUGACAAAUUGAAAUAUCUUAGAAUAUAUUUUGUUACAUGGAAUGUGGCAACAAAAUAUCCAGAACAAAGUUUAAAUAAACUCCUUGAUCUCAAUAAUAUUAACAAUUCAAGAACAUUAGCUGAUUUAUAUUUUAUUGGAUUACAAGAAGUUAAAGCUCAACCACAAAAUAUGGUAAUGGAUAUAUUCUUUGAAGAUCCAUGGACUAAAUCUUUUAGAGAAGUGUUAAAGAAGUAUGAUUAUGUAAAAAUACGUACGCAGCGUUUACAGGGUCUUGUUCUAAAUAUUUUUUGCUUAAGAAAACAUAUCACACAUUUGAGAUCAAUAGAAACUCAAUAUACACGAACAGGAUGUGGAGGCAUGUGGGGAAACAAAGGUGCAGUGAGUAUAAGACUAAAUAUAUAUGGAAUUAACAUGUGUGUAGUAAAUACACACUUGACACCACAUGAUCAUUUAUUGGCAGAUAGAAUUGUGGAUUAUAAUACAAUACUUACAAAUCAUAGCUUUAGUAAUCCAGAUACAUCAAGAAUAUUAUUCCAUGAUUAUGUAUUUUGGAUUGGAGAUUUAAAUUUUCGAUUACACGGAGAAGAUUUAACUGCCACAGAGAUUGACUUAUUGAUUAAAAAAAAUCAACUAACAACCUUGUUAACUAAAGAUCAAUUGAAAAUGGUAAUGGAAAAAGGAGAAGCUUUUGCUGAAUUGAAUGAAAGUGCUAUUACAUUCCCUCCUACUUAUAAAUAUGAAUUUGCAUCUCAAGAAUAUGAUCUUAAACGUCGACCAUCAUGGACUGAUAGAAUUUUAUACAGAGUAAAUGCAAAUAUUUAUGAUGAUGUUAAAUUAAAUGUCAUUCAACAUAAUUAUAAAAGUCAUUCCAAUUAUAUACAAUCAGAUCACAAACCUGUUACUGGUGAAUUUGAUAUUAUUAUCAGACCAUGUAUAGAAGAUUAUGGUGUAGAAUUUCAACCGGUAUCAUCUUGGUUUAUAGACGAAGAAAAUUCAGUGUCAUAUAAAUUAUUGGGAGAUGCCAGACCUGCUAGUGGUGACUGGGUAGGUUUAUUUCCCAAUGAAUUUUCCAGUUUAGAUGAAUAUAUUGUUUAUGAAUAUGUGGGCCGAGGUAAAUCAUCGCCAAUUCCUUUUGAACCUCAUUCGAUUAUUGAACGAAUUUACUUUAAUGAUACGGCUCUCCGAGCACCCGGAAUGUAUCGUUUGGUUUAUGUUGCUCAGCGAGGAAAUCUUUUGGGAAUUUUAGGUGUUAGCCCACCUUUUCCAGGCCAUCACAGACCUAUCUGAUAAAUUUUAAUUAGUUUUUCAAUUAGUUUAUGCAUCAUAAUCACCAAUAAUAAUCACCAGUGAUAAUUACUAGAACAUGUAAUUGUGACACUUUAUGUAUGUUCAAAAAUUAUCAAAUUCAUAUGAAUAGUUUCACCGAGUGAUUGAAUAUUAUUUUAUUCAAAUGUAGUUUUUUGAGCUUUAUAAUUUUGUUAUUUUCUUAUAAUAGUUAUUUUUAAAAAAUUAAAAUAUUACUUUACAUUUAUGCUUAUACAACAUAUACAUUAAACGAACAUUAAAGAAUAUUAACGAUUUAAGUUGAUUUAUAAGAUAUCUUUAUUUGUUUUAAAAUAAAUAAAGAUAAUUGUAGAGAAAAAAAUUGAAAAUUUUCAAAAGUAUUAUCUUUUAGCAGUAUGUUAUUUGAUCUUAUGAACAUUAAUAUAUAUGAAAUAUAUUGAAGAUAAAUCAGAUAUCUCUUUUCAAGAUAUCUGAUAUUUGAAAUUAUAUAUCGAUUUUGUUAUAGUAAACCUUUAAUGUGUUUACUAUUAUUUUUCAAACAAAUUAUUAUAUUAUAUUCCAUAUAUUAAUUUUUUAUUCUCUUAUCUUAAUUAUCUUAUAAUUAUAAUAAUGAAUUAAAUUAUUGUAUGUUACAUAAAAUGCAUAGUGACCAAAAAAACAAGUUAUAAAAAGUAAAUUUUAUUUAAAUUUAUUUUAUUUAUAUUAAAAUGAUAAUUUUUGUUAGUCAUCAUUAUAAAAUCAGAAAAAGUUUUGAAAACUUUUACACAUUUGAUAUGUUAUGAUUAUGUAUAUGUUUAGUUAUGUAUAAAUGUAAAUUUUCUUGAAAUUAUGAUCAAAUAUUUAAAAUGAAAAAAAUUACCAAUUACACAAAUGUAUUAUUCAGUAAAUGUAUUAUUCAAUAAUUUCUUUUUAAACAACUAAAUAAUUUAAUUAAUAAAAAAAAGCUAUAUUUUUGUAAUAAAUUUGUAAAAAUUAGUCCUUACUUUAUCACAUAAUUUAAUAUUUUUAUACAUAAAAUGAUAUAUAAAAUUUUGUUGAAAUAGUAUUUACUGGAUAAUGCAACAGCAAAAAUACGCAUAAAUGUGAAAAAUACUCUUUAAAUGAUACAAUGUAACUUGUACAACAUUAAUGUUCAAAAAUUACUUUAGGUACCUGGUUUGGGUUAUUAAUUAUUACCCAAAAGCAUUAAUGCUUAAUUGUUUUACAUCACAGAGCUUAUAACGAGUAUGCCAAUGUUAUUUUGCGUACUUAAUGUUCGAAAAAGCACUCGUAGAUAAUAAUCAAUAUUUAUUAUUUUGUUAAGAAAUUUUUCGUUUCGAUCCGUAAAAUAUUGUAAUUGUAAUUGUGGCAAUGGAUUUGGUUAUACAAAUCCACACUAUUUUAUUUUUAUAUAAUAUUUUAGAAACAGAAAUAAAACAUACAAAUGUACACUGUAGUAUCAAAAGGUACAAAUAAAUAAUAUUUUUCAUUGGUCAAAAA